CCAACGCCCCCAAGCUUCCGGAGUCCAUCUCCGUCCUCGCCGGCAACCGCCUCAACCUCCACAACCGCAUCCUGACCCUCAUCCGCGAGAACGACCUCGACGAGGCCUCCCUCCUCGUCCGCCACUCCAUCUACUCCAACUGCCGCCCCACCAUCUUCACCUGCAACGCCGUCCUCGCCGCCCUCCUCCGCCAGUCCCGCUACGCCGACCUCCUCUCCCUCCACCGCUUCAUCACCCAGGCCUCCGUCGCCCCCACCAUCAUCACCCACAACCUCUUCCUCCAGGCCUAUUGCGACUGCCGCAAGACCGACACCGCCCUCGAGCACUACCGCCUUAUCCUCAAAGACGCCCCCUUUAACCCCUCCCCCACCACCUACCGCAUCCUCGUGAAGGGCCUCAUCGACAACGCCAAACUCGACCAGGCCCUCGAGCUCAAGGACGACAUGAUCGCCAAGGGCUUCUGCGCUCCCGACCCCAUCGUCUACAACUUCCUCAUGGCUGGAUUCGUCAAGAACGACGACCCCGACCGCGUCCUUUCCCUCUUCGAGGAGCUCAGGGAGAAACUCGGCGGCGGUACAAUCUACGAUGGGGCCGUCUACGGGAAUCUCAUGAAGGGUUACUUCAAGAAAGGCAUGGAGAAGGAGGCCAUGGAUAUCUACAGUGAAGUGGUUGGCGAUGAAUCCAAAGUCAGGUUUGGGGCGGCGAGCCACAAUUCGGUGCUGGACGCGCUGGGAAGGAAUGGGAAGUUGGAGGAGGCAAUCGGUUUAUUCGAUAGGAUGAUGAACGAGCACAACCCACCGCGAAGGAUCGCCGUGAAUUUGGGGACCUUCAAUGUGAUGGUGGACGCUUAUUGCCUUGCCGGAAAGUUCGAUGAGGCGAUUGCUGUGUUCAAGAUGAUGGAUGAGAAGAAAUGCAGCCCCGAUACGCUGUCUUAUAACAAUCUCAUUGAUCAAUUGGGGAAGAAUAAAUUGGUCGCCGAGGCUGAGGAGCUGUACAGGGAGAUGGGUGAGCGUGGGAUUAACCCAGAUGAGUACACCUAUGUUCUGUUGGUGGAUGCGUGUUUUGGAGUGGACAGGGUGGAUGAUGCCACAGGAUACUUCAACAAGAUGGUUGAAUUGGGGCUGAGGCCGAAUACAAAUGCAUACAAUGAGGUUAUCGGAGGGUUGGUGAAUGUGGGAAGACUUGAUGAGGCGAGGGGGUUCUUUGACCAGAUGAAGGAGAAGGAGGUGAAGCCGAACAUCGUGAGUUAUGAGAUGCUGCUGAAGGCAUUUAUUGAGGUACAGAGGUUGGAUGACGGACUUAAGAUGGUUAGGGAAAUACUUUUGGAUGAAGGAGUGACUUUCGGUGAAGAAAUGAAAGAGUUUGUGGAGGGGGUGUUGAGGGAAGAAGGGAGAGAGGACGACUUGGGAAAACUGUAUGAGGAUGUAGAAAGGGAGAAAGCUGAGGCAUUGGCUCGAGCGGCAGAAGAGAAAGCGAGAGCUGAGGCUCUUGCCAAGGAAGAAGAGGAGAGGAAGAAGGCUGAGGCUGCUGCAAAGGAGGCAGCUGCAGCCAGAGCUAGUGCUGCAGCUAUCGAGGCUGUUUUGGGACGGAGAAAGCAAGAGGCAAAAGAGGAGUCCACGGCUGAUGGUGCCAGUGGUUCUGAUGGGGGAUUGCUGAAAGAAGAGAGGAAUGAUAGUGGAUCAGUUGAAGAAUUGAAAGCUGGAGAUGGAGAAGCUACCGGUGCGAGCUUACCUGAUGGAGAACUGCUGAAAGAAGUGAGUAAUUGUAGUAGCUUGACCAAAGAAGCAAAGGAUGGAGCUGGAGAUGCUGCUCAAUAGGCUGAUGCUCGGGCUGUUGGUCAUAUUAGGAGUUCAUAAUGGCUGCUAGUGCUUUGCUGUUGUGUAUUACUUCUAUGCCUCCAAUGCUCAACCUGUGUAUGGCCCAGCCUGGUCACAUCUACGGAGCUAAGAAAACUGCAGAGUUGCUGGUGCUCACAGGGAAACAGAUUCUUACUGCCAUGUAUUCUAUGGUGAUCUAUCUCAUGGCAUCAUGAUACAACCUGCAGCUGCAAAUCACCCACAACAUCUAAGCUCCUGUUCUGCCUUGCUUGUACGAAGAUUGCUGGAAGGCUGGUAUUUUUGCGCUGCUUUUGUUACAUGGCAUAUUGGUGCUUUUUGUAGUACUAGGGUGACUCAUCUUUGUCAAUUGUCAUCGAUUGAGCUGUUCAAUAAUUUAUGUAAUACCACUCAUGCCCUAGAUAUUGAGAACCAUGGAAUUAGAUUUCUGGGAUGUCCUUUUCCGGAAUUAAAAUGGCUGUUAUGA